GAAGAGAUGCGACUACGCGUGAACGCACGCGAACGCCAACGUAUGCACGACAUGAACGGUGCACUGGACGCACUAAGAAGCGCCAUGCCGUACGCGAGAGGACCAUCCGUGAAGAAACUAUCCAAGAUGAACACGCUGCUACUAGCACGCAACUACAUCCUACUCUUAACA